AUGGUAGACAAUCGUAUUCCAGUAGAAGUCGAGUCGAAAGCCAACGAGAUGGCUACGAUCAUGCGUCGCAAUUCACGUGUGACAGUUGAUGAGCUACUGCGUGAAGCUUUUGCCCGUAUUGACGUCGAUAUGGACGGGAGUGUCAAUGUACUUGAUAUUCAACGUGGUUUACGUGUAGCCGGUGUUAAAUUAUCAGCCGAUGAUGCCGGUCAACUCAUGAAACGUCUGGACCCGAGAAACCAAGGCCAACUUCGUUACGAGGACUUUCAUGCACUACACGAGGCGUUUAUUUUGCAAACGUUUCGCUCAUUUGACAAGGAAAACAAGGGGUACCUGGUGGAUCAAGACUUGCAGAAUGGACUUGAGGCUUUAGGUGUUACUGUCACGUUGGAGGAGGCUACUAGAAUGAUCCAGCAAUUGCAUCCACGUGACGCACAUUGUGUUCAUGAGGCUGAUUUCAAACACUUGUAUCUGCUCUUGCGUUCCAAAAUGGCAUCACCUACUGCCCUCGAGCACUUCCUAUGGGACCCCGAUGUUCGUCAGCUGUCUAAGAAUUGGUGGAAAGCCAGCGUCGAAGUAGGUGAAAGUGGUCUGCGUGCCCCGCUCCCUCUUGACAAGGAUGGGAAGGUGAAGAAAGUAUCGCCCGUGAUCAAGUUUCUUGGUGGUGCGCUUUCCGGUGUCAUUGAGGCUGUGAUCCUUACGCCGUUGGAUGUGGCAAAGACCCGCAUGCAGCUUGACAAGAUGGGGCAAUACCGUGGAAUGAUUGACUGUGGAAAGAAGCUUGUUGCUGCUGAAGGACCUAAAGGGCUGUAUAAGGGCUUUACCCCUUGGACAGUGCACGUCGUGACCAAGAAUGGCACGCGGUUCUACUUCAAUGCCAUUUUCCGACGUAUGCUCGCGGACCAGAACGGCCAGGUGAGCGGCUCCAAAGAGUUCAUUGCUGGUGCACUUGCUGGUGCCACGGAAGCUGUGCUGAUUGUCACGCCGUUUGAAGUUAUCAAGACACGUCUGCAAGGCCAGAAUAUUGUCAAAGGGGAGACCCCCAAGUACCGCGGUCCGGUGCACACUGCUACUACGAUUAUCAAACAAGAGGGCCCGCUUGCACUGUGGAAGGGUUUAGCACCGACAAUUGGUCGCCAGGGUCUCAAUCAGGCUUGCAGUUUCUGGUCCAACAAUUUCAUCAAGAAGUACAUGUGGAAACUCCAGGAAGGGGACUCACUGCCGGCAUGGAAGAGUGGUCUUACGGGAAUGAUCGGUGCCAUUCCUGGUCCGUGCAUUAAUUGCCCCAUGGAUGUAGUCAAGACGCGACUCAUGGCACAAGAGGCGGCUGUGGGUGCUGGCAAGUACAAGGGCAUGGUGGACGCCAUGGUCAUGAUUGCUAAGGAGGAGGGUGUUGCUGCACUGUACAAGGGGCUUGUGCCGCGUCUCACUCGUCUGUGUCCGUCGUACGGUAUUCAGUGGCUGGUGAUGGACAAGGUCACCGAGCACUUCUCCAAAGUCUAA